CGUUUUAUGACCAUUUAUUAUAGUUCAUUCCAUUUCUAAAGACAUAAUGAUAACAUUUAUCGACAGUUCAUGUUGAUAAGCCCAAAUACUAACCUAUUAUUCCACUUUUCCCAAGAAUUUUUUUGUCGAUGCAAUAAACGGGAAAUAUGGCGGAUUUUUGAUUGGUCGUGACCUGCUUUCUUGAUCACGCAUGUGCAGAACCUUACAACUUCCGGUACAAUGCAAGCCUAAACGAAAUAAGAAAUCUAAACGGUUAUAUAUUACCAUGCAGAAAGAAGAAAAACAAUUAGAAUCAUCGCUAGCUGAUAUUACAGCAAAAGUAGCAGACAUCAAGAAUGCUUUGGCUUCAUUUUUAUAUAAGCUGGAAAAUGAAUUUGCAACAUUGAAUUGGCCAACUAUGCUGGAUAAUUUUGCCCUGAUAUCAAGUAAUAUGAAUUCACUAAGUAGAGUAUUAAGAGGAGAUAGAAUACCGGCAUUAAGAAAUUUCACACUUUUUCCAGUUUUAUUAUCCCCAGAUACAGAUCAAGAGCUAGCGAAAUUAACAGAAGGUAGAUUAUUUAUGUGUAAUCAUGAAGUUGUACCAGAUUAUUUACGCACCAAACCAGAGACAGAGGUAGAAGACAAAAUAAAUCAACUUCACACAAAGGCAAACAGUAUUACUUCGGAUAAUGCACAGAAACAACUGAAUAAUCUGAAUAAAAUAACAAGUAAUAUACUAGAUAUUAUCAACUCCUACAGGGAAGAAUGGGAUAAUGAUUCAAAACAAAAAACUCAACAACCACAGACUUCUUCCCAGUCAGAGACAAAUACAUUAAUAGCAGCGAUAUCUAUGGGAAAAGGUUUACGUCUACAAUCACAGAUGCCUCAACAAUCGCAACAACCUAGUCCUGGCAUGCAACAGCAAAGUCAAAAACCAAUGCCUGUUGGUAAAAUGCAGAGUUCUGUUAAGACAACAAUUAGAGCUGGUUCUGCUGGUCAUCCAUAUCCACGGCCCUGAAAUCUAGAAGCAAUUUUUCCUACUGGACAAAUCUAUAAACCUACACAAGCAAAAUGGAAUAUGUUUUGUACUGUUGCCAGGUUAUGUUGGGAUUAUGUCAAGAAGACUCAUGGUUCAAUCAUGUAAUAUAACCAUACACUACAUGGUGCCUAACAUACCCAAAGACAAUCAUGCAUUGACAUGUAUUUAUUUAUUACUCAGAAAAUGGAUAACAAAUUCCUUUUAAAAAGGUGGUUAUUGCAUCAUAUUCUGUUUGAUUAUUUACCAAGCUGCAUAUUACUAUUACUUUUGUAUAAAGAGGUAUUGUUUCGUAUAAUCUAUUGGAAAGCACAAAUGUACAUAAAUAAAUAAACAAAUGGAGGAAUAAAUCAAG